AUGUUACUUCCGAAAAUUAUAAUUUUUACUCCAUUUGCACUUUCAACUAAUGCACAAGAAGAUAAUGACAUAGGUUAUUUUUGGCAUUUAAGUCAUAUUCACCGUGAUCUUCAAUAUGUAAAUAAGUCAUGUAAUCUACUAUUGGGUAAUUAUUCCUGGGAUUCUUCACCCAAUCUUUCUUUAUCUGCAAUCAAUGCUACGAGAAAUUUAUUCCCUAAAACACCGGAUUUUGUUAUUUGGAGUGGCGAUAAUGGAACACACGAUGACAGUUUAACAUCUGAUCAAUUACUAGACGGUAUUCGACUGCUAACUAAGGCAUUGAAACAAGCCUUUCCCGUGGAUGCAGUUUAUCUUCUACCUGUUUUGGGCAAUCAUGAUAUUAUUCCAGCGAAUGAUAUGAAAGUCACUGUGAAUAGUCCUUCACGUACUGCUUGGUGUCAUCAACUUGGUGAGCAGAAAGAUCUAUGGGGUGAAUGGAUUAAUCAUCGUCAGAAACAUUUGAUGUCGUCAUUAUCACAGCAGAAUUCAUCGAAAUAUCCUACAGCUAAUUUCUCACAGACUUGUUUCUUUUCACAUCAUCUUGUGAAUAAGGGUCCAUAUAAUCAUUAUGAUUAUCAUCAUGCGGAUAGUAAUCGUCGUACAAAUUUAAUCUUAAUCAGUUUGAACGGUCUCAUUUGGUAUCAAGGGAAUCGUCUUGCUGGGAAUACAGACAAUGAUCCAUUAGGUCAAUUGGAAUGGCUACAGAAAACAUUUCGUUGGGCAAGAAGACAUAAAGCGAAGGUUUUACUCGUCAGUCAUUUUCCGCCUGGAGCAUCAGAAAAUGCACCAGCUGUUUAUCGAUUUCUUCGACCAGAUAUUAAUGAUCGAUUUCGUAAUAUUCUAAUAUAUAAUGCUGACCUAUUAAUGGCUGGAUUAUUUGCGCAUGAACAUGUGGACAGUUUUCGAUUGCUGGUGUCAAAAUCAUAUAUCUCAGUGGCUUCCUUAUUUCUAAUGCCCUCGGUUUCCCCAAUGGUUUUGCACGGUCUGGGCGAUUUCAAUCCUCGAAUUCGAUUAUCCCGUUAUCAGAGGUCAACAAUGAAAUUACUCGGUUAUGCACAAUACUAUUACAAUUUAGAAAAUCAGCUCUCACCAAAAAAUGAUCAUAAUAAUAAUAAUUGGCAAUUGGAAUAUGACACUUUGUCAGCCUAUCAACUCGUCGAUUUAUCCCCACAAUCAUUAACCAACUUGUUUCAUAAUUUUCUACAAGAAGAUAAUGGUUAUUGGUCAAGCUAUUGGCGAUAUGAAUUAGGCGGUAGACAGCAUGCAUUAAAACCGAAUUAUUUGAAUAAAUAUGGUCUAUGCCCACGAGCUUACUCUCAGUGUCGAUGUGAUCAUUAA